CUCCGGGAACCAUCCAAGUGCAGUGUGUCGCGAAGACAAAGACAACCCAUCCACAAAGUCCCUGGUCGGACAGACUGCUUCUUUGUGCCCUACUCGCCAAGACCGUCUGGACUACACACCACACCACUCACUCUGCGCCCAUUCAUUCCGAGUUUCUGAGUCGUCUGGCACGAUCAGAAGUCCAAUCAUUCAUUCAAUCAUUCAUUCUCUUCCCUGUCGAACAACACAACACUCCUUCCGCUAGCCAAAAUGCUCUCCAAGUCCAUCCUCGCGGCCGCCAUGCUGGGCGUCUCCGCGGUUGACGCCCACAUGAUCAUGACCAAGCCGGUGCCCUACAGCGUGUCGACCCUCAACAACUCCCCUCUAGCCGCCGACGGCAGCGACUUCCCCUGCAAGCUGCGCUCCAACACCUACGAUGUCACCGAGAUGAACACCGCCAAGAUCGGCGAGAGCAUGCCCCUGACCUUCGAGGGCAGCGCCACCCACGGUGGCGGCUCCUGCCAGAUCAGCCUGACCACCGACAGCGAGCCCACCAAGGACUCCGAGUGGAUGGUCGUGAAGUCCUUCGAGGGCGGCUGUCCGGCCAACGUCGAGGGAAAUCUGUCUGGCGGCGCCACCACCGCGGACCCCUACACCUUCAACUACACCAUCCCCACCGGCAUCUCCCCCGGCAGAUACACCCUCGCCUGGACCUGGUUCAACCGCGUCGGCAACCGCGAGAUGUACAUGAACUGCGCCCCUCUCACCGUCGAGAGCGCUUCCUCGUCCAAGCGCGACGCUGGGAGUGAGACUGAGACCGUCGAGGUCGAGGUCGAGAAGCGCUCCUCCAGCUUCCCGCCGAUGUUCGUCGCCAACAUCAACGGCUGCACGACCACCGAGGGCGUCGACAUCCGUUUCCCCCAGCCCGGCAGCGAUGUCGAGUUCGAUGGCGAGCCCAGCAACCUUGCCGCGGCUGGCGCUGCCGCCUGCACUGGUACCCCGACCUUUGCGGCCGCAGGGGACAGCAGCAGUGGUUCCUACUCUGGUUCUGGUUCCAGUUCCGGCUCAUCAGCUGCUUCCGCUGCCGUCACCACCGCUGCAUCCACGUACAUCAAGCCCAAGCCCGUCCAGACCGGAGGCAGCGCGACAUCCAUCCAGAUUGCCCCGGCUGCAGCGAACACCGGCUCCAGCUCCAGCUCAGGAAGCAGCUCCUCCGGCUCUGGUUCCGGUUCUGGCUCCAGCGCCGCCAUCCCCAGCACCAGCAGCACCACCUCCGGCUCCCUCACCGGCGCCUGCAGCGAAGAAGGCGAAUGGAACUGCAUCGGGGGAACCUCCUUCCAACGAUGCGCCAGCGGCCAAUGGUCCGCCGUGCAGGCCAUGGCCGCCGGCACGCAAUGCACCGCCGGCCAAAGCGCAACCCUCAGCAUGUCCGCCACCAAGAGAUCAACCUCCCGUAUGCUGAAGGAGAAGCGACGUCGUCAUCCCCACAGUGGCGGUCGCAACCACGCUUGAUUGCUCUGCUGCUGUCUGCAUUUGCAUUUGUAUUCUCACUCCUUUCCAACCCAAUCACAUAUGCAUG